CAUGUAGAAACUUUGACAGGAGAAGGUAAUGAUAAGAUAGAUGACCGGCGGCAGUCGCGGCAGCGCCGCGGUAAUGCAUCCUUGUGCCCGGCCGCCAUAUUCCCUCGUCCCCAGUCGACCGCAGAACACCAUACGAACGCCAGCUAAACUCUAUUCAGCUAAAUGCAGCUCACGGCAAGGAUCCCCACGGCAGAUGCCCAAGCCCAACGUGCUGCGGCGACCAAGAAAGUUCUCGCUGGGAAAUUAUUUGACCCGUACACGCUCGAACUUCUUGAAAAUCAAGCCAUAACGAUAUGCAACGACUCUGGAAUGAUUCUCGAUGUUUCACCAUUCUCAGAACCCGGCAGUGAUUUCGCGUCCUUUGAUGGUGAAGUAAUAGACCUACGGCAUUUGACUGUUUUACCAGGCUUCGUCGACACUCACGUUCACUUCUUCUUGCAUCCGUACGCGGAGACCUCAUGGGAGGACCAAGUUACCAAAGAGAGCAUCGUCGAGCGCACCAUCAGAGCCACAGUGCACGCCAAACGUACCUUGAUGGCAGGCUUUACGGCUGUGCGGGAUCUAGGUACCGAGGGUGCAGGGGACGCUGAUAUUGCGCUACGCAAGUGUUUAUCGAGCCCUGGGGCCCUCAUACCCGGCCCGAGGUAUUUUUGUGCCACACGAGCAAUUGCGCCCACUGGAACGUACGGUCCAAAGAGUUCUCUCUAUCUAAACAAAGAAGGCAUCGAUGGUGUCACCGGCGUUGAUGUGGCAGAUGGAUCGCAAGAAUGCAUAAAGGCCGUCCGGAGGCAGAUUGGCGCGGGGGCUGAUUGGAUCAAGAUCUAUGCAGACUACCCCAUUCGAUCGCGGGCUUCUGAAGUAUCGCGUAGGGUUGGGGCUGCGUCCAUGCGCACAUUCGAACUUGAUGAGGUGCAGGCGAUGAUCUACACUGCCCAUGCAUAUGGGGUCAAGGUCGCCGCUCAUGCGACGAAUAGGUCAACCAUUAUACCUCUGAUCAAUCUCAAAGUGGACUCCAUCGAGCACGGAUACGAGAUGGGCACCCCUGCCAUAACCGCGGUCGAGAUGUUUGAAGAAUAUAAAGGCCACGAAACCAAAUAUGUACCUACCCUCGCGGCGUAUUACACCAUGAGCCAGGGGAAAGGAGAGAUCUGGGAUCACGCCGUCAAUUCUUUCAAGGCAGCCUUGAGACUGAACUUGGACAAUAUUGCAUGCGGAGGCGAUACUGGGGUUUUCACGCACGGAGCCAAUGCGUUGGAGCUCUCGCUCAUGGUCCGUCUGGGUGCCGAUUGGAAGAAAGUGCUUAAAUGGGCAACUUUGGGCGGCUGGGAGUGUGUACGAUCAAGGAUGUGGGAAGGCGAGGCAGGAAAGACCCGACUCGCCCAGGUCGGCGAUCUCAAGGAGGACCCAAGGAUAGUUGGCGAUAAUGAAGUCCCUUUUGGGGCUGUGAGGAGAGGGUUUAUCGCUGACUUGAUUGCAACACCGGGAAACUUUGCGGCAGAUUUCGAAGGCGCGGUGUCCGCGGAAAGCAUACAGUUUGUCAUGAAAGGUGGCAGGAUCUAUAAACGUGAUGGUCUACCUCUUGUGUAACAGGUACUUGUAGUAUAUAGCUUUCGCGCUACGCACAGCGGCGAUCAGGAUGGUGA